AUGCCACAACAGGAAGGAACGAGCAAAGGAGCCCGUGCUGAAGCGGGAGCUGAAGCAGAGCGUCUCGCAAAGGCACAAGUAUCUCGGGAAGUUGAAGAAGCUAGGCCGCAAAAUGCCAUUUACUUCAUUGUGGACUUUCUGUGCAAACAUUACCCCGAGCAUCUUAAAGGAUUUGCAUCGGUUUGGAAUGCUGAUCCCGAGUUGGAGAGAGAGCGGCUGAUGGUCGUUGAAUUCUUUAAGGCCCAGAAAUUGCCCACAAAUGUGGCACUGCACUUCACCAAUGCAGGAUUUGACACACUUGAAACGCUCUGUACUUUGACUGCUGAAUCUCUAGACGACAUAGAGAAAUUCAGCCAGGCAAUGUGGUUGCCUGGUCACAAAGUGCGCUUACAGCAAACAUUCGCUGAUAUUGCUGGACGCGUUCGCGCUUUUACGGAGGAACGUGACUACAUUAUACGGGCUGCGUCGGGCUUCUGCCCGCAUCCGCAGGUGGUCAGUAAGCACAGCCUAUUGCCGCUCCAGCCGGCUGGGUUUACCUCCUCCUUCCCUCCUUCGACUGGAAGCUGUUGUAACAGCAACCCCGCCCCUACAAGCCCUCUGUCAUACCACCCGGCUCCAUAUACCACGACAACCGUCUACGGUGCGCCGUCGUCGUCAGUGGUUACAUACUCUGCCGAGGUGACUAGAAACUGA